CAAGUUCACUUUUUCACUGUAAAAUUUUUUACUGUAAAACAAUAUCUAUUAUCUAAGUGGGUAAUUAGCAUUCAAACAUUUUUGUUGCAUUUAAAGUUGGUGAGGUAGAAGUUUUAUUGACAGUUCCCACUUAAUAUUGAUAGUGUUGAAGUGUUGAUUAGUAUAUUUGAUUGAAAUAAACAAGGAAUUAAAUAUAACAUUAAAUAUGAAGGCAGAUGAUGUCGUUAUGCCAAUGAUUGAUGAAAGAGAGAGAAGCAGAGAUCGAGAUAGAACUCGAAGAUCUGAACGUUCCAGCCGUGUGAAUUCUAAUAGUAGAGAUCGAAGUAGAGACCGAAUCGAUAGAGGUAGAAAAAUUGCUGAAAGAAGAAUUUACGUCUCGAACAUUCCUUACGAUUUUCGUUGGCAAGAUUUGAAAGAUCUUUUCAGAACAGAAGUUGGAAAAGUUGCUCAUGUCGAACUUUUUGCAGAUGAAAAUGACAAACCGAGAGGUUGUGGUAUAGUUGAAUUUGAAGAUUCUGAAUCAGUCAAAGUAGCUGUGGAUAAAAUGCAUAGAUUUGAUAUCAAGGGUCGCAAACUGGUUGUGAAAGAGGAUUAUGAAGUUGAAAGAGAUAAAUAUGGUCGAUUAUCUACUGGAAGGAGCGAUAGAAACCGUGAAGAUCGUUUUAAAGAUCAAAUAAAAACAAACACUAAUCGACAGAAUGUAGCUGCGGGUAAUUUGAAUAAUUAUGCUGGAACCUCAGUAAACUCUGAUCAUAAGUAUGGAAAUACGUAUGGUUUGAGCACUCAAUUUUUGGAAUCUCUCGGUAUUUGCGGCCCGUUGGUAACUCGAGUCUUCGUGGCGAAUUUGGAUUACAAAGUAGAUGAAAAAAAAUUGCUGGAAGUUUUUAAACUUGCUGGAAAAGUAUUGCACGUUGAGCUAGGAAAGGAUAAAGAUGGUAAAUCACGAGGAUUUGGAGUGAUAGAGUAUGAUCAUCCAGUUGAAUCGGUACAAGCUAUUUCUAUGCUACAUAAUCAACAACUUUAUGAUAGACGCAUGACUGUUAGACUUGAUAGAGCUAAUGAACCUGAUGUACCUCCAAAGCUACCUGAAGGUCUCAAAGGUAUUGGUAUGGGUCUCGGAGCUGGAGGAAACAGACUUACAGACGUUGCCAGAAAUAUUCCGAAUGUUCAAGCUAAUAAUUCUACAGGUACUAAUACAAUUUCUGCUCCAGUGCUUUCCGCCAACACAUUUGGAUCUAGCCUGGCAAACGUAGUACCUGCACAAUUAGCUUCGGCCUUGUCCAAUUCCAAUGCAGCAGCACUUCAAGCAAGUUUAGCGACUGGAUUAGGUGCUAACCUCACGCCCAAUUCAUUGCUUAAUAAUUCGAUCACAAAUGAGUUAGCAUCAAAUUUAAAUAGUUUCACACAUAACACGAGUCUUGCAAAUCUUCAAGCUUCAUUAGCUAAUGCACAAUCAACUACCAAUUUUGCUUCAAGAAAUUUACCAAAGCUAGACAACGAGAUAACUUUUAGUAAUAAUAAUUCAUUUGCAAACACAUCCUUCAAUACUAGCAGAGAAUAUGAAACUGGAUUUAACAGAAAUGAUUCUGAUCGAGUUAAUAUGAGUAAUGCAUCUUUUGUUGGUGGAAAUAAUCAAACAGCUGGUAACAGACCAAAUAACUCUAACUCCCGCCAAGGAUCCGAAUCAAUUGUUAUUCAAAAUCUACCACCAAAUACAACUUGGCAAAUGGUUAGAGAUAAAUGUCAAGAAAUUGGAGAAGUUAAAUUUGCUGAAAUGAGAGGAAGCGAUUUUGCCGUAGUGCGCUUUGCUUCGGAGUGGGAUGCAGAAAGAGCUGUGUCAUUAAUGAAUCGAUCUCGUAUUGAUGGCCGAAGUGUUGAAGUUCGAUUGUACUAAAUUUUCUCUAACAUGUAAUUGAAAAGAUUUCCCAUUGUCGAUACAAAUGAUCCGUAGAAAAUGGAAAGGAAACUUAUCCUGGCUCAUAAAAAGCAAAAGUUUAUAUAUCAGUGAUUGAAUUUGACUUGUAAUACCCAAUGAUCAUUUUUUCUCUUAUAUACCAAUAAUUAAAAAUAAUAAUCUCAAAAAAAAUGUUACAAACAAAGU